AUGUCUUCUUCAUCCCCUGAAGUGAGUGCAUCAAAAGAGUCUUCUUCAUUCAAUGUUGUGAGGUCAUCAACAGAGUCUUCUUCAUCCCAUGAAAUGAGAGUAUUGUUCAAUAAAGUCAAACCCAAUUUCGAGAACGAGCUUAAGAAGAACAUUGCUUCCUAUGUCUGCGUUUUCCAAGUCCCCAAAUCACUCAGCUCCACCAAGCCUGAGGCUUACACCCCCCAGCUCAUCGGCUUAGGACCCUACCACCACCUCCAGCCUCACCUCGUGGAGAUGGAGCGAGUCAAGCUCGAUGCCGUGAAGAAGCUCCGCAAGAAUUUGACCCUCGACGACUUUACGGACAAGCUCUCCAGGUUUCACCCCUAUGUGUGCUCAUGUUACCACAAGAUCGUGGAGUUGGACGACAAAGUCUUGCCGUGGAUCAUGACUGUCGACUCGCUGUUCUUGUUUGAUCUGCUCCGUCAGUGUGGCAUCAACAAGAAGGUCCUCGAGGAGACCCUCAAGGAGUGGCCGGACGAUAUGCCGGGCCUAGCCAACCGUGUGGGCAAGAAGCUCGCAGAGGACGCCAUACUGCGAGACGUCAUGAUGUUGGAGAACCAAAUCCCGAUAUUCUUCGUGAAGGAGGUGUUGAUGGUGGGGUGCCCGCUACUAGAACCCACCAAGCGGGAGAACUUUGUUGAACGGCUCUUCCCCCUGAUGCUGGAGGGGUUUUGCCUAGCUCUCUCGCCUCUCAAAGCGAGGAUCGAGUACCCGGACGGUAAAGCUCUGAAGCGCGCACAUUUGUUGGAUCUUCUCUAUAGCAUGGUCGUGAGGAGAGAUGAAGAGUUCGAGAUCCGCAUCCAAAUCGAAGAAGAAGACCAUAAGAAACAUUCUCAUUGUCGUAGGUUGUCACCUCGAGAUAGGGGAGAAGCCGUCAAAAUGGCACUGGCCGCUUAUAAGUUGUGGCAACACCUCGAGGAUGCCUACCCUAAACUAAAGGACGCCUUCAAAUCAUUCCGGGACAAAGAAGCUCCCGCUGAAGAGAAGGCAUUGACCCCAACAGCAUCCUCUCUCGCCAAAGCGGGCGUGGAAUUCAGUCCAACGGACCACAUAGAAGACAUAUCGUUCAAAAAGAAAGGGCCCGAGAAAUCUUUGCAGACAAAGAGAUUUCAAAAGGGCUUCUUACUUCCCAAACAGACCCCCCUACUCGAACUUCCCGCGAUCACACUUGGCGUCAACUCGGAAGUCGUGAUACGUAACUUGGUGGCGUACGAGGCAAUGGCCAUCUCUGGCCCCUUGGUGUUUGCGCGUUUCCUGGAGCUAAUGGACGGCCUUAUCGACACGCCGGACGAUGUGAGGCUGCUCAAGAAAAACGGGAUCAUCGAGAGCAAUCUCAAGGACGACGAAGUGGCACGUCUGUUCAAUGGUAUGAGCCACUCCAUCGAAGUGAAAGGCGAUACCGAUCUGGAUAAGACGAUUAAAGAAGUCAACAAGUUCUACAACGGUGCGCGGAAAAUCAAGGCCCUGAAGAUGAGAGACCGAUAUUUGUAUGGCGCUUGGAAGGUCCUGGUAUUGGUGGCGACAGUCCUCUUCUUUCUGCUCACGGCGCUACAGACUUUCUGUUCGGCUUACGAUUGUCCGAGCCUCGUCAAAUAAGACAAACUGAGCUCA